AUGACAUCUCACGGAGACCCCAACUUUCCAUCAGACCUCGAUAUUCACCCUCUUCUCGACGCAUCAGCCAGCUCAGACUCUCGAUUCGAUUCAUGUGCUCAACGAGAGGCUAUCGAGUCUUACGGGAUCGCUGGACGGAUCUGGGAAGCGUCUCAUGCAAUGCUUGCCUAUCUCGACUCGUCUUCCCAACCCCAACUCGAGUUCGAUCCCCCUGCAUUCACUCAUGAGUGUCCUCGCACGCCUGUGCUCGCGAUAGAGCUCGGCUCUGGAAAUGGUUUUCUCGCAACACACCUCUCCAAGUGGCUCCAGCCCGACUACGAUCUUCUUGUAGCCACGGACCUGCCCGAAGUGUGCCCCCUACUCGACGCCAACUUGAGUGGUUCUGCUGCCGUCCUCGUACGCCCUCUGGCUUGGGGAUCAUCCGAUCAGGCGACUUCCGUCCUCUCAGAUCUCAGCACGUUUGCAUCCUCGGAAGACGGCCGAGAGGUGCUGCCUCGACAGCCCACUCACAUACUAUGUAGUGACCUUAUCUACUUUCCGGCCCUUCUCGCACCCCUGUUACGCUCACUGCUCCACCUCACAUCCAUACCAACUCCUGCCCCCGACUUGACCGACUCACGGUCACCACCUCUGGUCAUCAUCUCUUACAAGAUACGUAGUUUGGCCAAGGAAACCCCUUUCUGGCAUGCCUUCGGACUCUUCUUCGAGUUCUCCCCCGUCUUAUCUAGGACUCGGCGAAACGACCAGGGGAGUAGUAGUCAAGAACAAGUCGAAGAAUCAUGGGUCAAGUUCUCGCCAGGAGACGACCUAGACGAGACGUUCGUUUUCAUAGCCAAACGAAAACGAGAGUCAUUACUAUGGAAAAUCCCCGAAGAGGACUCCGCGCUCCUCGCAGGUGUGGGCGCGGAUGGAACGAGCUCCCCGAAAUCGGACGAUCAAUUUGAACAGUUGCUUCUGAUGGGCAUGGACGUAUAA